AAGCUCACGCAUCCACGUUGCCUCAAGUUUAGCUUUUCAGGCCCAGGUGCUGGUCUUAUUUUAACCUUCAACUCAACUCCAUAUGUUCAGUCUCCCAGGAGGGAGUCCUACGUCUCUGGCGAGAGGGCUGUGGUGUCCCCGUGCGACGCGCUUCCCCUCUUGACGGGGAUCCGGUGGGAGAGGACGACGGCCGGCGAGGGGAGGAGGCGGCCCUAGCGCCAUUUUGUGGGAACGAAACGGUAUCUGGGCUGUUCCUGGAUCCCUGGCUGCUUGAGUUUCCCUGUCGCGCUUCCUAGCAGCGGCCUAGCGGAAAAAUAAAAGAUGUCUGAGUAUAUUCGGGUAACCGAAGAUGAGAAUGACGAGCCCAUUGAAAUACCAUCGGAAGACGAUGGCACGGUGCUGCUGUCCACAGUUACAGCCCAGUUUCCCGGGGCCUGUGGGCUGCGCUACAGAAACCCAGUGUCGCAGUGUAUGAGAGGUGUCCGGCUGGUAGAAGGAAUUCUGCACGCCCCAGACGCUGGCUGGGGAAAUCUAGUAUAUGUUGUCAACUACCCCAAAGAUAACAAAAGAAAAAUGGAUGAGACAGAUGCUUCAUCAGCAGUGAAAGUGAAAAGAGCAGUCCAGAAAACAUCUGAUUUAAUAGUGUUGGGUCUCCCAUGGAAAACAACUGAACAGGAUCUAAAAGAAUAUUUUAGUACCUUUGGAGAAGUUCUUAUGGUUCAGGUCAAGAAAGACAUUAAAACUGGUCAUUCAAAAGGAUUUGGCUUUGUUCGAUUUACGGAAUAUGAAACCCAGGUGAAAGUAAUGUCACAGCGACAUAUGAUAGAUGGACGGUGGUGUGACUGUAAACUUCCUAAUUCUAAGCAAAGCCCAGAUGAGCCUUUGAGAAGCAGAAAGGUGUUUGUUGGGCGCUGCACAGAGGACAUGACAGCUGACGAGCUGCGGCAGUUCUUCUGCCAGUACGGAGAGGUGGUGGACGUCUUCAUUCCCAAACCGUUCAGGGCUUUUGCCUUUGUUACCUUUGCCGAUGACCAGGUUGCCCAGUCUCUUUGUGGCGAGGACUUGAUCAUUAAAGGAAUCAGCGUACAUAUAUCCAAUGCUGAACCUAAGCACAAUAGCAAUAGACAGUUAGAAAGGAGUGGAAGAUUUGGUGGUAAUCCGGGUGGCUUUGGGAACCAGGGUGGGUUUGGUAACAGCAGGGGGGGUGGAGCUGGCUUGGGAAACAAUCAAGGUAGUAACAUGGGGGGAGGGAUGAACUUCGGUGCUUUCAGCAUUAACCCGGCGAUGAUGGCUGCAGCCCAGGCAGCGCUGCAGAGCAGCUGGGGCAUGAUGGGCAUGCUGGCCAGCCAGCAGAGCCAGUCGGGCCCGUCAGGUAACAACCAAAGCCAAGGCAGCAUGCAGAGGGAGCCGAAUCAGGCCUUCGGUUCUGGAAGUAACUCGUACAGUGGUGCUAAUUCAGGGGCAGCGAUUGGGUGGGGCUCGGCAUCAAACGCAGGCUCAGGCAGCGGUUUUAAUGGCGGCUUUGGCUCAAGCAUGGAUUCUAAACCUUCCAGCUGGGGCAUGUAGGCAGUGGGUGAUGGCUGGUUGUACAGACUGGUGGGAAUUCAAAUUUUUCUAAACUCAUGGUAAGUAUAUUGUAAAAUACAUAUGUACUAAGAAUUUUCAGAAUUGGUUUGUUCAGUGUGAAGUAUAUUCAGCAGUAUUUUUGACAUUUUUCUUUAGAAAAAGGAAGAGCUAAAGGAAUUUUAUAAGUUUUGUUACAUAAAGGGUUGAAAUAUUGAGUGUUUGAAAGUGAACUGCUGUUUGCCUGAUUGGUAAACCAACACACUACAACCGAUAUCAAAAGGUUUCUCCUGUAAUAUUUUAUCCCUGGACUUGUCAAGUGAAUUCUUUGCAUGUUCAAAAUGGAAACCAUUGAUUAGAACUACAUUCUUUUUUCCUUGUUUUAAUUUGAACCCCACCAUACGGAUUUUCCCCUUAGGAACAUCUCCUUUUUGGAGAUCAUGGUGUCCCAGUGUUCGUUCGGUUCUUUUGUUUUUUAACACUUGUCUCCCUUCAUAUGCGAAAGUACAAUACGAAGCCUUCAUUUAAUCUCUGCAGUUCAUCUCAUUUCAAAUGUUUAUGGAAGAAGCACUUCAUUGAAAGGGGUGCUGUAGAUACUCUGCCGUAGGAAUACUUCUGUCUACAUGCUUUCUCAUUCAAGAGUUCGUCAUCACACUGCACAGGCUGCGUCUUUGACGGUGGGUGUCCCAUUUUUAUCCGCUACUCUUUAUUUCAUGGAGUCGUAUCAACGCUAUGAACGCAAGGCUGUGAUAUGGAACCAGAAGGCUGUUUGAACUUUUGAAACCUUGUGUGGGAUUGAUGGUGGUGCCGAGGCAUGAAAGGCUAGUAUGAGCGAGGAAAGGAGAGAGCGCGUGCAGAGACUUGGUGGUGCAUAAUGGAUAUUUUGUAACUUGGCGAGAUGUGUCUCUCAAUCCUGUGGCUUUGGUGAGAGAGUGUGCAGAGAGCAAUGAUAGCAAAUAAUGUACGAAUGUUUCUUGCAUUCAAAGGACAUCCACAUCUGUUGGAAGACUUUAAGUGAGUUUUGUUCUUAGAGAACCCACGUUAGUUGAAUGUGUUAAGUGAAAUGAUACUUGUAUUUCCCCUACCCCUUUGUCAACUGCUGUGAAUGCUGUAUGGUGUGUGUUCUCUUCUGUUACUGAUCUGUAAGUGUGGUAAUGUGAACUGAAGCUGAUGGGUUGAGAACAUGGACUGAGCUUGUGGUGUGCUUUGCAGGAGUACUUGGAAGCAGAGUUCACCAGUGAGCUGGGGGUGUCUCAAAGAAGGGUGGAAGUUCUAAUGUCUGUUAGCUACCCUUAAGAAUGCUGUUUGCUGCAGUUCUGUGUCCUGUGCUUGGAUGCUUUUUAUAAGAGUUGUCAAUGUUGGAAAUUCUUAAAUAAAACUGAUUUAAAUAAUAUGUGUCUUUGUU